AUGACAUCCCCAGGCCCAAGGGGAUCUGCGCCGAGCUCCCACGAUAACUCCGAAAGAAACCACACCUCAAACUCCCCAGGCCCCACAUCGCGCCAAAAUGGAAGACCAGACGACACGCCCAGAACAAACGACGAGACCGACCACUCGAAUCCAAGGCGCAAGCGAGUCCAAGAAAGACACCAAGUACGCAGGCGCGAACCAACCCAACCAUCCGUAUUCUCGCGACGUGGUCGCUCCCGAAGUCCCAGCAACAGAACUCAAGAUGACAAUUUAUCCCGACGCUCUCGAUCCCCUCUCCGCCCUCGCUCGCUGACCCCCGAGGCGCCAAAGCGCAAGCGGCCCGGCGGCGGAUCGCGCAUGGGCAUGGUCAACCCGGAGGAGAUGCGUCGGCGACAAGAGGAUCGCGAGCGUGCCCUCGAAGAAGACGCCAUGCGAUCGUCGCGGGACCGCGGCGUCUCGGACGUCGUGAGGCAGCACUACAAUGCCGUCCCCGAGCGAGGUCGGGAGUGGCGGAAGACAGAGAGCAAGAUCAAGGGCCUGCGCAGCUUCAACAAUUGGGUGAAGAGCACACUUAUCCAGAAGUUCUCGCCUGAUGAGGAUUUCGCUGCGCGCUUCAAUGAUACGAAGGAUUGGGCGGAUGAUGGUCAGCGUCCGCCCCUGUUGACGAUAAGCGGCUGCUUGUCCUUGACCUGGGAUGUGGCAAGGGCGGUGAUCUGGGGAAGUGGCAGCUUGCGCCGCAGCGGGUGGAUCUCUACUGGUCGUGGACAACGUGGUCGUGGCCGUCCGCCUCCUCCGCUGUUCCAUGGCGAGUUUUAUCCCAAGGACUGUUUUGGCGAGUGGCUGGGUGAUGUUGGCAUUGUGCAGCAGGUGGGCAUUGAUUCCAAUGCCGGGCCGGGCGGUUCGCUUAUGGCUUCGCGGUGGAGUGGUGGUGGCGGCUUUGAUGUCGUGACCUCAAUGUUUGCGAUUCACUACGCAUUUGAGAGUGAGGAGAAGACUCGACAGAUGCUCAGCAAUGUUGCCGGUUGCUUGAAAAAGGGUGGUCGUUUCAUCGGUGUUUGCCCUAACUCCGAUGUUAUCAGCAGCCGUGUGAGCACUUUCCAUAAAAACCGCAAGGAAAACGAAUCUGCCAAGCCUGCGGUGACUGAGGAAGCACCAGAGGAUGGUGAAGUCCAGGAAGAUGAGCGCUGUGAAUGGGGUAACGAUAUCUAUCGCGUACGAUUCCCCGGGGCGACCCCAGAGGAUGGCAUCUUCCGCCCGCCGUUCGGAUGGCGGUAUACCUACUUCAUGCGAGAGGCUGUUGAAGAGGUUCCUGAAUAUGUUGUUCCUGGGAAGCAUUCCGAGCGUGAGUUGACCGAGGACUACAAUCUGGAACUCCAAUACCGCAAGCCUUUCUUGGAUAUCUGGGAAGACGAGAAGAAUGAUCGCGAGUUGGGCCCUUUAAGUGAGCGCAUGGGUGUACGCAACCGGGCAACGGGCGAGCUGAAUAUGACCGAUGAAGAGAAGGAUGCAGUUAGCUUCUACCACGCGUUCUGUUUCUACAAGGUCUGA